AUGGCGGUUUCCGCCAUCGCCGACAACAAAGAAGAAGAAGAAAUGCGAAGGAGAAACGUACCUCGAAGAAGAAGCAGAAACUUGAAGAAGAAGCAGCAGCGCAAAGAAGAAGCUUUCCACUUGAUCCCGACAACAAUGGCGGCAACGAAGAUGAGGAAGCAGAAACGCGAAGAAGACUUCACUUGGGAAGAAGAGGCAGCGCGAAGAAGAAGAAGAACGAAGAAGAUGCAGAAAAUGAAGAACAAGAAUGAAGAAGAACGCAGAAGAAGCAGAAACGUCCGACGAAGGAAGAAGAAGAAGCAGCUGAUUAAGGACAACCUCAUAGCAACAAAGAAUGCUCACAAUUAUUUCCAUGCUUUACUAGCCAGGUGCGUGUGCCCUAAUUGGGAUCCCUCUGAUGCGACGUCGUUUCCCAGUUCCCCUACCUCCCGUUGA